ACACAGAGCAGGUUCCAGGGAGCAAAGGGAGGAACAACCUUACGCCCAACAGGGCCGAAGGGAAGGAAAUCUGAACCUGUGAAAAAUCUGCCAGCCAAAAUGCCAACCAGACAGAAAACAUUGAUGUAUGGAGGUGCUUUUUUGACCAGCAUCGCAUCCUUUGUCAUCAUCUGUGCUGUUCUGGGAACGCAGGGGUGGAUGGACAGCGAGGUCAGCUUCUCUGGAGGGAACUCUACCACUACUGUCAGCCUCAAGUAUGGGCUCUUUCAAGUGACUUGUGCUCAGGUCAUCAACUCCGGGCUGCAGAUCUCAGAUAGCACUUUCCCAGUUGCAGGAGCUCUGAGCAGCAAUGGAACAAAAGGCAUCAACACGGCCAUCAUUGUGCUUCUGGUUCUCAUCUUGCUGAGCUCCCUCCUGAGCUCCGGCUUUACGUGCACCAACACUGUGAGCAACCCCUACCAGACCUUCCUCGGACCCAUUGGAGUGUACACCUGGAGUGCCAUAAGCGGAAUCCUCACGCUUUUGGUCAUGAUACUUUUUCCCGUGAAUGUAGAAGGCAAUGGGAUGUCUGUGGAGUUGGCCAUCGAAUGUAUUUCUCUGCCUCUGAGGCAUAUCGGAUCUGAACACAGGUAUGACUACUCCUAUUGGAUCCUGCUGCUUAGCAUCAUUUUCAACAUUGCUACUAUUAUUAUCAUCUAUUUCUAUGACCAUGCAAGAUAUUCUAAGAAGAAAGAACAGGAAAGGCCAAUUGAAAAUGCAUCAAAAGACGUCAUUCUGUUUUAAGGACAUCACCAAAAAGAGGGUCUAAAAUAAAAUGACUGUUUAAUAUGGACAAUCCCGGCUGAUCUUUCGUGUUCAAAUUGAAGUUAUGUGCAUUGCUCAAUUAACGAAAUAGCCUGUUGCUUCUUCAGAGCAGAUUGAUUUUACUUUUCUGAUGAAAGGUGUUAGGGUAACAUCAGCUUCCAUUGGAAAUACGCUGCCUGAGCGCCUCUGGGCAAAAGUGCCCAAAGCCAGCACCUGCCUGCAGGAUGGACUACUGCUUGUAGCCAGAGGGAUCAGCAGAAAUUCUCCCCUAAAAGGGAAGGGGCACAAUAAGCCACCACCCCACACACCCAAGAAGCUGUUACAGCCAUGGCCCAGGCUUGGAAAGCCAUAGCACAAAGGACUCAGAGCCAACUCACUCCUUCAUACCCCACGGAUGUCUUUCUGAGUGCCACACGGAGCUCCCACCUCCCGGACCUGUUGGACCACAGGGCAGGGCCACCAUGGCUGCCUGGGUGGGUGCUACUGUGAAUGCAUCGCUGCCCAUUGGGUGUGGAUGAUGGGAAGACUGAAGGCGUUGCAUCGAUCGCGUGUGCAGUCUGGGGUCUAAGGGCCAGGACAGUACUAAUACCAAAGUGGUCACUACAGUACCGGUGCUUCUUUCCAUCCUGCAAUGUUACUGCUCUACAUCCCUGCUCAGAUAUCCCUCCUGCACCGAUCCAUGCCCAGCCCAUUUGCAUGGCUGGGGAGGCUCAGCACUGCAGCAGCUAGGUGAUGGCCCAUGCAAGGCAGCAGAACGGCCCCACAUCUACCUUUUUAAUGUGUAGAAACCUGUCUGUGGGCAGGGACACAGGGAGCACGGUGCUGUGCAGAAUGCUGCUCUGUGCACACAGCCCUGGAGAUGAGCACCAUGCAGAGCAGCCAGCACCUUCUACUCCUUCUCUCCUACCUCUGCAGCUACAAGAACAAUGUUUUAUUGCACGAUUUUCCUUUGCAAUAGGACCGUCACAGCCAUACUUGGCAUCUGCCCUAUGAUGCAAGAGAUGCUCACAGGUGAAGAAAAGCAUCUCUAGGAGUAGAUGCGAUGCCAGAGGUGACUUCCCACUAUUUAUGUCAAAAAAAAAUAAAGCUUCAGGAUUAAAGCA